CUGAAAUACAGAGCUAUGCAGGUUCUAAGAACAAGGGUCGGCGGCGUUUGGCUGCUGGUGGCUGCGGCGGCGGCGGCAGUUAUGCUGACGGCAAUGCCGGAAGUUUCGGCGACGCGGUGGACUGUCGGUGGCAAGAUGGGUUGGACGACCAAUGUGAACUACACUAUGUGGGCUGAGGGAAAACACUUCUAUUACGAUGACUGGCUCUUUUUUGUGUACGACAGGAACCAAAUGAAUGUGUUGGAGGUGAACAAAACAGAGUAUGAGAAUUGCAAUUCCGAUCAGCCACUCCAUAAUUUCACCACCGGAGCUGGAAGAGAUGUGGUUCAUUUGAAUGUCACUAGACCUUAUUACUUCAUUAGCGGUAAAGGGUUUUGCUAUGGAGGCAUGAAGCUCGCUAUCCAUGUCCGGCACCUGCCUCCGCCGCCCUCGGCCUCCCCCUUCAACGCUACGAGCAGUGCUCUGAGAUCUUCCUACAUCGCCCAUACCCCAUUUGUCUUAACCGCUGUUUUCGCCAUCGCCGCUCUCCGGGAAGCUUUCUGCCGAUUCUGGUAGAGACCACUCUUACUGAGUUCACAUUCAACUUACUACACUUUUGUUUGGUUUGGGUUUGGGUUGGGUUAGAUUUGUUUAAUUUUAGUUCUCGAUUUCAUAGAUAUAAGACUCCUUCCUCAAUUCACCUUUUAUAUCAUUAUGUUCUAAGUUUAGUCGGCUCAGCUCGUCCCCAACUGGUGGAGAACUCUCUAAUCCGGUGGUACCUUUUGUGGUCUCA